AUUAGAACAAUUUAAGAAAUGUCUCGAUCUCAUAACGAAAAACAUUUCUGCAUUCUCUCAAAAAGAAAAAAACAUUACACAAAACCUUUACACCCAGCAGCUGGAAUACUAGCAAAACUCUACGUAAAGUACAAACAUCUUAUAAUCUUGGAUUUGAACAGCACGAUGGCCAAGGAACACUAUACACAUGCUUCCGUGAUGAGAGCUGAACUGAGAAGACAUGCCAAUGGUCCAUACAACUAUAUUAUACAUCCUUUUAGCAAACUGAAUGCGGUUUUAGAAAGACUUUUCUUUUUACUGCUCCUUCAUCGUACCGUAUUUGUGGUGUAUGCCAAGCUAAAAUCUCCCAACAUAUUUAUAUCUUGUUUGGUAAGAGAUGCUUUUCAUGUUUUUAUUAUGCUGUGUUUUUUCUUCACGGGAUAUACCGACAAAAAAACUAGAGAGGUAUGUACUGAACAUUGUAGUGUUAUCAAACAUUAUUUAACAACGUAUUUCAUUGUAGAUUUGUAUUUAGCUAUCGAAGAAUACAUUAAGAUUCUAAGAUAUGAAUUAGUUACUUUAUUUGUUAUGUGUGUGAGUUUGCUGUCUUAUAUCAUCAGAUUUAGGAGCAUCAAUUAUAUUCUUCAUAAUACUUUGGUAGCCUUGAAAAUUAACAAAACAUUCUGCUUUAUUUUGUCCCAAACGGCAAUCUUGGCCUUUAUUCUGCAUAUUUUGACAAGCUUGGCAUACUGGGUACCCACGCAUUGGUACAAUCACUUCCAAAAUUAUCCUAAUGAUUCUUGGAUUAGCCAAAGAAACAUCAGCUUUAAAAAAUACGAUGUAUUUACUUAUAUCGACAGCUAUUCGCUAGUUGUUGCUUACUUCACGGGAACUAAUUGUUUUGAUGUAGUUACUCAACCCAUAGAACAACUGAUUUUUGUUAUAUACACUUUUACUGGAAGAUUGUAUAUUUUGGUUAUUAUUGCAAAAGUGUUAAUCUUCUUCGGAUAUUCUGACGUAUCCGAAAGUCAGUAUGAAAAUUUGUACUACCAACUGUCCAACUAUAUAAGAGCCAUGAAAGUACCAGCACAGAUCAAAAAGACUUUAUUCGAAAGGCUUGAUUAUACCUAUCAGAAGAAAUAUUUCAACGAACAAGAAAUUUUAAGUACGUUUACUGAACAGAUCAAAUCUGAAUUAUUUCUUUUUGGAGGUAGAAACUUAAUAGCCAAAAAUCCGUUAUUAAACAGUCUGGAUAAAUUCCAAUUAUCAAAACUGUUUAUUAAUAUGAAAUCACACUUAUUUUCACCCGAAGAGAUUAUUCUGGAUUUCGAUGACAUCCAGCCAUACGUUUUCUUUGUUUCUACUGGGUCGAUCGCAGGCUACACUCUAGAAGGCAUCCAGUGGACUCAUUUAGGCGAUGGAGAGGUUUUCGGAUGCAUCAGAUUACAUCCAUCGGCACAGCGACUAUAUAAUCCACUGUAUUUAUCUUUGGAAACAACAGAAGUUUAUUAUAUCCAUUACAAAGAACUUCGAUGGGCACUACAGAAUAAAAUACAAGAUGCUUUUAAAUAUUUUGAGAUUGUCAGAAAAGAGAGGCUUAAAAAGUAUACGAAAUGUAGAGGUUUUAAAGGCAAAAUGGAAACGACUUUGAACCAACUAAGGAAAGGAGAGAUAUUGGAAAAGCAGAGGUUAAGACAUGGACCCAUGAUCGUUUAAUAUAUUUUGCUUAUUAUUAUUAAAGUUAUUGUUUAUCACUGAUAUUUUUAUACGUUAAUGUUAAA